AUGUACCCAAGACCACUUUCACGUGAAACUGGUGCCAUCAGAAGGUCUUACUCUAGGGAAUCAAUACAAGACGACACAUAUGGGGAAAGGAACCGCACUGGAAGAGGAAGAGCUGGAAGAGGGGGGCGUGGUCGUGGCUUUGGAGGAGGGAGAGGCAGAGGGGGGGGAAGAAGUGGACGUGCAGAAGACGGAGCACAGGGGCACAAUCCUCGUCAAGUAAGGCUCGGAUUCAAAGCACUUCAGGAACUGGACACUAAAACCCCUGACGAAAUCAUUCUGGAUUUGACGUCAAGCCGAUGUUUCCCAGCUACCGAGUUUUUACUGAACCAGCAAUCAGCCAUGAAGGAUGACUGGAUUGUACUGACAGUGAGUAUCAUUGCCAAAGCCUGCGGUUGUAGUUCCAAGGAGUUCUUAAUCAAGCUACUCAACCUUCUACCGAAAUCUCUUUUCUUCACUGCACAUCUAAGAACAUUCCUCAACAGGCUGUCCGCUUGCCGCAAGCCUGCCACGGAAGUAGCCACGUUUCUAAGAAAUGUUGUGAGAAUAAUGAAGGAGUUGCUUCGAACAUUUCCGAAUUCAUACGCAGACCUUCCAGUAUCUGAGUUGUAUUGUGGAAUCAGGAUUUUUUCCGACACCCAACAGCCUGAUGGUGCCUUAGUGGCAGAAGGAGAGGAACUGAUGAAGCUGAGGAGUCAAAAGGCAGAUGAGCUGAGGAAAGUGGAAGAAGAAAAACAACACAGAAGGAGACCACGGAGAGACGGUGAGUGUGCAUGAUAGUGAAGGCGAUAAGAUUGCGGCUGCAUUAACGUUGCUGUUUUUUUUUUGGUGACAUAAGUCGCCUAAUAUAACUAAGCAGUCACAAAAAAGAUAUAGUUUUAAUUCUUGCUGUCGCAGACGGUUGCAAUCACCAAAUGACGUCGUAAUACAAAAGAUUUUAAAGGCAAAGACCAAAACAAGAAUGUUUCCACCAGUCAAAUUGUUCGUCAUUUUCUGUUAUAGCUGGAGAGAAUGAUGAUGUAGAUCCACCUGAUAAUUUCCGUGAGUACAGCGUUAUACCAACGCAACAGGACAUCUUGACAGGGGAGCGUCCCUUCCUCAGAAGGAACAAAACUGAUGGGAGCUACAAUGAUGCAGAACACUAUUUGGACGUGCAAUUUCGUCUCCUUCGUGAAGACUUCGUGAGGCCGCUACGUGAAGGAAUUGCUAAGCUGCUAGAGCGCAUUGGCUCUGCCAAGAUUGGUGCCCUGCAAGACAUCCGCGUGUACAAAGAUGUCCGACUGUUAUACCCUGUAUGUACGACGGACGGACUUCGGUACAGGAUUAAAUUUGAUAGCACCAGGCUAAGAAAUGUGCGCUGGGAGAACAGCAAACGAUUAAUCUUUGGUUCGCUGAUGUGUCUUUCUAAGGACAAGUUUGAAAGUUUUGUGUUUGCUACCAUAGCCAAUCGCGAUCCGAAGGAAUUAAAGCAGGUAAGUUGUCAUCCUUUUCCACAUAUUCUCCUUCUCACAUUUCUGACCUAACGUCAUCCUCAGACACCCAGGGGAAUUCAGUCAGGUCGUAAGAAACGGCGCGGUGAGGGUUUCAAGUACGUGCUUAGAAGAGCCCGGUACCUAAAAACUUUCGUCGCACUGAAUUUUCAAUAGAAAAAUAUUUCCGAUUAUUUAACGUAGACCAACCGAGACGAGGCAAGAUCAAACUCAAACCAGUUUUCUUCCACGACAAAUUAUCAAUCUGUUUAGCGUUUUCAAUCGUCACACCCUUAUUGUUCAGUUGCUCAACAAUAAGAAUUUUAUCAAUCAUUUAAGGCAGUUGCAUCUAAUAUUUCCCUCUCCAGGGUAUAGUGGACAUACAGUUCAUUAAUCUCUCUGAUUACGUAAGACUUGAAGAAGGAGACGUGUUUCAGAUGGUAGAAAGCACUGUGUACUUUGAAGCCUAUCGUCAUAUACUGGAAGGACUCAAAGAGGUGGAUCCCGCACGCCUGCCUUUGCAGGUUAGAAACGCACUAGGGAAAUUCUAUACUACUUUCGUGACGUACAUUUCAGUUAAUUGACUAUCGACGUCCUUUUGAGCCACCUGCCACAAAGAAUGAGUAGUACAGUAGCUCUCCCAAACCUCUAUUUUUAUUGGCCUAAAUAAGCUUUAGCGCUAGGGGUAUUGUUUGUUUUGAACCAUUUGUCAUCUAUUGUUUCGUUCUCCAAUCACUAGCUACACCUUCUCCAAAGAAACAAUACCGUUAACUGAAAAGAAACGUUACUGUUAUAAAAAGUCGUGACCAGUCAUUAACUAGUAACGAAAGACUAAACAGAAAGCUGGAGACUGGCUGAAAACGAGAAAAACCAUGCCAGAGGUACCAGUGCAUUUAAAGGGGCUAUGCCACGCUAAUUGCAAUUGCUAUCUUUUUAUCACUUCGCAUCAACUGGCUUCCAAAAAUAAUGGUCCAAUUUCUUUUUUUAAGACAAUAUUUAGGAACUGAAACUUUUCCACGUCGUCUCCUGUACGUAUGGCAACGAUGGAAAUGAAUUGAAAACUUGAAAGCGUUGACCCAACUUUUUCGAGUUUUACUGCUUUGCCUGCAAAAAUCGACCACAAAUUAUUGUGGCCAGUGCUCCCUGAUGAAAAUUGUUUGACAUCGUUUCCAUAACUCUACAGGAGAAUUUUAUGUAUGGGUCAAGGCAUUAAUCAAUGAUAUGUCCUUAGCACAGAAUUCAAAAUAUUUUCCCUAUUGUGAUUGGCUAAAAGCACUCGUUUAAUUCACCAUAACCGGUUACUGAUGACCAAAUUUGGAAGAAUUUUGUGUUUAACGAGGAAAUGACGUCAAAAAUGCAGCGUUUUCGCAGGUUAAGGCACCGUUAACCGAGAAGACCUGGGGACGAGGUUGAGUUGUUUUCAUUGUAAACUUGAAAAAUGGCGGACAUUUCACCCGUUUCAAGAGUAAGAACUAGGCGAAAACAUAGCUAAAAACAUGGCAAGAACAGCGAGAAGACAACUCGAAGGGCGACAUCUGCUACUUGGAGAAUAUUUGCACAGCAGGACAAACCUAAACGUGCACUAUCGAAGAUGAACUUAACAUCGAUGGAUCGAUGGAGGUUAGCAUGUUUUAGCCAUGUUUUUAAAGUAGGAAUUACUUUGAAUGAAUAAUAAAACAAUUAUUGAAUUCGGCUUUCGUAUCAUAUGAAGAAUUAUGGAGAUCUCGGAGGGUGUGAUCUCCUCGAUCUCCAUAAUUCUUCGUAAGAUACUCAGUCUCAUUCAUUAAUCGUUAAAUAUCCUCGUGACAUAGCUCCAUUUACCCCCAAGAGAUUUACCCCUCUUAAUUUAAUUGACGAUGGGGACUGUUCUGUGAUACUUUCUUAAAAACAGAAGUACAUUGUCAACUGUGAGAAACAGGUUGACCCACCAGCUUACUUGAGGAACAGGUAUCGCGGAACAGUUACGUUUGAUCUCACACCCAUCAUGAGCGAAGAGUCCAGAAAUUCUACCACAAGGUAAGCUGAACAAGAUCAUUUUACAAAGACAGUUAAGAAUGGCGUUGCUUAAAUGCAACGAUUGAGUUUGGUGUGAGAUACUCCAGUAAAUAAGUAAAAAACGAUCUGCGAAAAAUCCAAUUACUGGGCAGUAACCGACUUAAUGGGGCACGUUACUUCACGUGAGCCUUCCCGUCACAAGUAAUAGGAUGAUAUCUGGAGGCCUGUGCCCCUGAGUCUGGAAAUGGUCUUCAAAGCAGAUAUGGCCAUGCCCAUGAUGUGUUUUGUUUCCCAUCGCCCGAAGGACCAACUACAACUUUCCCUUAAACCGAAAAAUAAUCAUUAUGUUUAAUAAUUUGUACAAUUAUAUUUGUGAAGACGGGUUUCACGUAGGCAAUCUUAACGACACAUCUCGCUGUCGCGGGUUUCUUUACAGGCUCAUGUGACUUUUGCUGAAACAUACAAAAGAAUUUCAUAAAAGGUUCUAGUUUUAAAAGCUUUAAGGCCUUUUCUAGCCUGUGGGCACGUGCCACAAGGAAAAGGAGGACAUCUACACGAAGCCAAUACAUUUUCCUAUCCUUUAACAUAUUUUCUCUUUCGUUUUCUUCUUUCUCAUGUGUCGCGCUGUCUUCAGUAAGGGAGUUUCAGCAACAAACAAAAUAACUGCGUUAACAAUACUACUGAAAGAAACGUAUUAGAGUUUCUUUGGUGCUCUCACUAAGGCUGUCACUGACAUACUUAACGGUCUAAACGGUGUUGUUCGAUUCGGUUUUUGCAGCGCUUCCAGCCUAAUGCAUUUAAGGACACGAUUUUCCGCACGAUUUGCCGGAUUGAAUCUUAGAGACGACAAUCACAGAGGUAAGUAGAACCUCAUUUUUAGACACCUCAAUCUGACCAUGGAAUUUUCAAAUCUUCAAGCUGGCGGCAAAGAAAAUGCACCUAUGGAAUACUUCUAAUAUCGAGGAACGUUUUAUCAUCACUGCACCCUUUCUGUUACUCAUUCACCCACUUAAAUUUUUUAAGGGUAAGUUAAUUAUGUCAGCCAGCUUCUAAAAAAAAUGUCCAGAAUUAUAGUGCGUAAUUUUUAGUCACAACAUAACAGCCUUUUUUUCCUUCCCAAAAGGAAGCAGUGUUCCAAUUCUAAGCCUAGUCUCCUGGCCGUCCGCGAAAGAGCUGGAACUUGAUGACUCCCAGUACAGAGCUAUACAGAUGGCGCUGACAAAAGAGUUUGCGGUUAUUCAAGGACCACCAGGCACUGGGAAGACAUAUAUUGGACUUAAAGUAAGUGAAAAUGUGAAAAUUGGUCUACGAGUAAAGGACAUUCCACAUGUCGUCAUUCAGGCUUGUUGUGAGCUAAUCUGUUCUCACAAAUGUGAUGAAGAUGGAAUCGUCUGAACAUAUGGAACUAGAGGAUAUGACGAUACACUUCACUAUAAAAAUAGGCUUGUUUAGGGUUUCGAUGCUUGACCACGAGGAGCCGCAAGAGGUGAUAUUUUUGCACGGCAUCUGGCGGCACAUCAAAGAAUUUGGAAUUGAAGGGCAAAUUCCUAGAAUAUCUUCGCCAGUUAAGCUAGAGAAAAGGUGUUAAAAAACCUAAGGAUCGAAAACAACACGUCAAUCAAAAUAUCACUUGGACCUUUUCGCUAAUGAAGAGCUAUCACGCGGCUAAGCUUGAAUUAGACAUAUAUUGAAAUAUGAACUCGUGUCAAUAAAGUAUCAUAAGUGAGUGGGAAUCGCUCCUAGUUAAAAAACUGGUUCACGGGAAUAUGCAUCUCUUCUAGUUAAGAGAAGGGAAUCAGAACUGCUUUUCAUGCAGGAACAGGUUUUCUUCGGGCUAACUACAAAACUUCAGCUUAUUUCACUCCUUGACAUUGUCAAAGCGCAUUUUGUAAAGAUAACUUUUUCCGCUUUAUCAGCUUUUUUUAUAUUAUAUUCCAUUAAUGUUUAACCUCCCUCAAAAAGCCAAAUAAUAUAAAUGCUGUUGUUAAAAAAAGCGUUUUACCUGUUUUCGUGAAUUCGUUACCCAAAGAUCACUAUGCUCAAAGGACAGGGCAAAAUUUCCAGGAGAAAGGCGUUAAUUUUUUUCCCACGAGAUUACAAAGAGAAAAUGCAAUGAUUAUUAUUGUAACCAUCAGGUAUACCCUACUCACGAGGUUACGGACAGCAAAUGCAGCGAUUAUUUUUAAUGUAACCAUCAGGUAUGUUCUACCCACGAGGUUACAAAGAGAAAAUUCAAUGAUUAUUAUUAACGUAACCUUCAGGUAUGUUCUACCCACGAGGUUACAGAGAGCAAAUGCAGUGAUUAACAUUAUUAUUAAAUGUAACCGUCAGGUAUAUUCUACCCACGAGGUUACAAAGGGAAAAUGCAAUGAUUAUUAUUAACGUAACCUUCAGGUAUGUUCUACCCACGAGGUUACAGAGAGCAAAUGCAGUGAUUAUUAUUAAAUGUAACCGUCAGUUAUAUUCUACCCACGAGGUUACGUAUAGCAAAUGCAGUGAUAUUAUUAAUGUAACCAUCAGGUAUGUUCUACCCACGAGGUCACAAAGAGAAAGUGUAAUGAUUAUUAUUAACGUAACCUUCAGGUAUGUUCUACCCACGAGGUUACAGAGAGCAAAAGCAGUGAUUAUUAUUUUAAAUGUAACCAUCAGGUAUGUUCUACCCACGAGGUUACAAAGAGAAAAUGCAAUGAUUAUCAUUAACGUAACCUUCGGGUAUGUUCUACCCACGAGGUUACAGAGAGCAAAUGCAGUGAUUAUUAUUAAUGUAACCAUCGAGUAUGUUCUACCCACGAGGUUACAGAGAGCAUGCAAAUGCAGUAACAAUUAUUAGAUUUUAGUGCAACUAUCAGGUUGAGUUCUUCCAUUAAAAAAGUUUUUUGCUAGGGUUAAACAAGUUUGGCUUUCAUGAGUUUCAAGGUGCAAGAAAUUAUCAGUAUAAUUAUAGCACACAAACAUUGUCAUCUAAUUUUUCGCACGUAGCCGGAAUAAGCCAAGAGAUGAAGCAUAUAUAACGGAAAAUCGUCCUCAGAUGAUCUCCAUAUUAAGUAAAUGAUACUAAACGUUGCGAAAGAAAUUAUUGUUUGUAUCCGUCCUAUCCAUCGUAAAAGCGAGGGGUCAUCGCAUGACAUCCGGUAUAUUAAACAGAGGUAAUACGCACGGGUUUCACGAGUUGUAUGCACUAUUUUUCGCCGAGAAACAAAUUUAAACUUCAAUUCUUACCUUACAGUAGUCCGUUCUUUUACCUUGCAUUCGACAACAAAUCUGUUAAAGGCGAACAAAGCGAUUCCGGCACUCUUCUUUAUGAUGAGUAGCAAGCCGCAGGAACUGAAGCCGCUUGACUGAAGUAAAAUCCACCGAUAUGCGCGGCAUUCUCACUACAAAUAUAAACAAACGUCGCGGAGAAAAAAAGACGAGGAGGAAAAAAUGCCAGAUCUUCGCCUCGGCAAUGUAUUCCAGCUACCAUGCCGGCGUAUCUCUAGAAGGUGGACUCGACGUGGGACAAACCUUGUGAUCUCUUUUUAGAAGCCCUUUGCGCGCAAACUAAUUUAUUCUGGCGCGAAAUGAAGAAUAUGUAUACUGAAAUCUAAUCCACAACAAGAAGAUUUUCGCACUGUAGCGCGACAUACUAAAUGCCUAUUUUUACAAGUACGCGGAGAAAGUGGUCCACUAGUUUAACUAUUUUAAGAUGAAUUUACUCCACAAAAGCAAAAUGAAAUGUUUUAUCUCUAUGUUGUUUACGUGCCUGAUUAGAAGGCAGAAGUAAAUUCAUCAUACAGACCCCAUCAAAAUGAAAGUACACGAAUGAAACGGAAUAAGUCUGGGACGGUUUAGUUUCUACUCAGCAGCUUCUUUGCUUUUAUAACAAAAAUUUAAUGUUGCAGUCUGUUUUAAACGUUGGCAUAUCAACGCGCACAGUCACUGAAUGAAAACAACAGUCACGAUCACGUUCUUCGAAACCGACCAGACGCGCGCGACCUACCACUGUUAUGGUAAGCAAUUAUCCUGAAGGUGUUAAUGUUCCCGUGACAGUCUUCGCACUAAAGGUGUAAAUGGUAAACCGAACGGUCGCUUUGAUCAUCAGAAAGACCUGUCAACUUUGAUGAUUUAACUGAUUAAAUUACGGGACAGAAAUUUUACUGCAUGCGGCUCCUCGUGUCAUAAAAACCUUAGCGGAUAAAUCAAAUUCAACAUGACGAUAAGGAUUGUUGAACGUGGCGGUGUAGACACUUCCACGACCCAUAUCUAAUAACCCUUUUCAUUCAAGAAAAUACCUUUCGCUAAGAAAACAAAAGACAGUGAAAAAAAGCUACAAAUCUUGAUGCCGAAAACUACAAAGAUGUAUGCUUCGAUUUAUGUACGAUUGGAGAAUAUUCAUGUAACCCCUUUGCAUAUUUUUGUAUAUUUUUCUUUACAGUAAGACUCUCGUAUGGUAAAUAUAAUUGCCGGCAUAAUCUAAUAUUCUUUUUCCUCAAAGGUUAGUGAGAUAGAAGUAAAGCUCCCAAGGGCAAGCACGGUGGUCAGCCAUAUAUAUCAUAAAAAGUCCUAGACUAUGAGUAGUCCCGCAUUUUCCUCAGGGAUACUAGAGCGCGGAAAAUAGUCGCGAGCGCGCGUGAAAGUAGGCACCCACCAGUAAGGUAACUCACGUAGGGAAGAGCACCAGAUAUCUCGCUUCUCUUCGCGCGUGGUGAUUUUCACUCGCGCUUGCGUAUUUAGCUCCCUCAACUACUCGCAGUCUAGAGCAGUUCCCACCCUUGCUAAUAUAAGUAGCUUCCGCCACAAAGAUUGUUUACUGUUUGCCGCAGAUAGCCAAUGUGUUGCUGCAUAACAAGGGGAAAUGGGACACCGGUACAGAGUUGCUUGACGACAACAUGGAUGAGCGUUUGCUUCUUUCUGAGCGGCGUCCAAUCCUUGUAGUCUGCUAUACCAAUCAUGCCCUCGAUCAGUUUCUAGAAGGAAUCCACAAGUUUCAUCCCAAGGGUAUCGUUCGAAUCGGAGGACGAAGCAAGAGUGAGGUUAUGAAGGCUUGUAGUUUGUCAGAGCUGAAGCACAGGAUGCACAAGGUAAGAGUCAAUUGUCACGUCGAGGAUGAGCUAUACUUUUCUUCACUCCUCAACCACCCCUGUAUACCUUUCAAGCAGACGCCGCUUGUAAUCCAAGGUCCCGGGUAAAAGGCCUGACGAAAACCAUAGACAUAUCGCGAACACCUUUGAUAAACCGAGCACAUUAAAUGGUGAAAAAAAAGCAGAAAUGGCCGUGUGUCCACAGCUUGUUGAAAUUAAAUUCAAAAACUACGAACGAAAAUUCAUAGUUUCUGGCAGUAACAAAGCAGAGCAGCUUAAAAUUGGUUGUUUCUCGCAACUGAAUAAGUGAUCGAUAGGGAUAAGGAUUCGUAGCCUUUAAACAGAAUUAUAAAACUUUAAGAACAAGAUACCGUCUAGUAGAACUACCUUAUGCAUCUGUAGUAGGUCGAAAUGAAAUUCAGGUUAAAAUGGUUUCAACCAAGUUUGAUUCUAAGUUCCUUUUGUUUGCUACACCAAAUUAUUCAGGAAGGAAAUUGAGACUCGAACUUCAUUGAAAUCAAUAUAAGCUGGAUUUCAUUUUGACUCCAAUCAUACCCAAAGCAAUUUGCGGGUCACUUGUGAAAUACACCAAAGAAGAUUCCACAAACAUCAUGGAUUUCCUUACUUUCGUCGGUAGCUGUUAUAUAUAUUAACCUGUUAAUUAGCAUCACCUGCCACCUCGAUUUACAUUCUGAAAUAAGUUCUAUUUUUUCUCUUUAUUUAGGACAAAUCAGCUCCGGUUCAAAUAAGAAGGGCUUUUUACGAUGCACACCAGGAAAUGGACCACACAACAGCAAAAUUACAAUCAGCAGCUGAAGACCUGAAAAGGUGCUUUGAAAACCUGCUACACGAAGAUGAUCUUCGUCAACGCGCAUCAUCAAGCAUGACUGUUAUGCAUUACCAGUCUCUAAAAGAGCCUUUUGACGGAUUUUUUGGGCGAAAGGACAGCGCUAUCCUUCAGUGGCUAAACCUCUCUUGGAACUCGGCCAACCCUAACCAAGGUAAGAAGCUAUUAAAAGUAGAAAAAUUAAAAUUGUAGACGUUAAGACGAACCAUUAAGUAAGGCAAUUGCCCUUUUCUCUUACUGAUGUUUUUGACCACUCGUAAAGCCUUGGAAGUGUUUCCUCCCCACGACAUACUGUGAGUUCAAAAAAGGAUAACAACUGAUUGUUUCUUCUUUACUUAUCAGCGCCUGUACAGCCCGUAGCAGUGUUCCCACUGAAUAGCCAGUGUCGUGGACUGGAAAGAGUGUCAAGAGCCAAGCUAGCAAGUUUUUCCCGUGUUGCAUCGGCCCCUGGGCCGGACGGAACGCAAGGUGGAUCUAUUCAUCUACGAGGAAUUCCUAAUUCGUUCAUUGAAAUUCCAAAUCACGUCGGGAGUGACCUGGACACUAGGACUUCAAUCACACUCCUCAUGCACGUGUUUCCGGUCGGAAACAGAGGUCCUAUCCUAAGUUUCCAUGAAGAUGGCCUAGGAGUCCAGAUAUGGCAAGAAGGCUUGGAAGAUGGAAAGGGAAUUCUAACGGUUCGUUUUGUCUGGAGAGAUUUUUCCCAGCCUCUAGCCCUUUCAAAGGCAGUGUUGACCAUGAACGCUUGGAACUUUAUUGGUGCCUCUUAUGAUCAUGAUUCUGGAAUUGCGCGUCUAUGGCAAAAUGGAAAUGCAGUAGAGGCGAAGUUUAUAGGCAGCAAAAUGGAGUUAGCAACUCAGUUUUCCAUCCGAAUCGGAGCCAUAGCUUCUGCCGGACCAGGUCAUUGCUUUCAAGGGCGGGUUCGCGAGCUUCAUGUAUUCAAUGAAUCCCUCGGAAAAGAAAUGGUCCGAACUGUUGGUGGAAUUGCUCAGGAAGGUAAUCGAGUAUGCUAGUCAAUUCACAAAACUGUGCCUACUGUAGAAUCAUCAACCUUUCGCUUAUUAAGUCACAACGAAAGUCAUGAACAGUAAUUCUAACUCUCACCAUUUGCGCUCCUCUAAAGGUGGUGCAGCAGGACAAGAUGGGGAUGAAGGAGGCGAGGGAGAAGAGGAAGACGACACUGAGGAUGCGGAUGUGUUGUACGAAGCAGAUGUUAUGCAGGACCAACGACUUCUGGAUAAUGAUGACGUAAGAGUGUUUGGCACGAAAUCGGCGGGCCUAAAAGGAGCAAGACUGAAGGUUGUGGAUCCCUUUGCUUUUGCUGGAGGAUCUGAAGACGGAUGGCAGGUCCAGAACGCCGAUCGGCUCAAAAAGAGGUUAAAGAGAACGAUCAUUCAAGAGCUGAGCAAAAAGGAUGUCAUGCCAGAUGAAAGAGCAAAAAUGGUGAGCUGGAAACAAAAAAACAAAAAGAAAAAAAAACGCCCUGUUUAGUCUGGUUUCUCAAAAUGAUGACAGAGCUUUAUUUUAAUGCAGUCAGCAUGUUACAUUGCGGUUUGCUUUUAAAGUGGUUUUCAUGUGCCUACACUUACGCUUUAACUUUGUCUGUGCCAUGCACGCAAAAUUCAUUUUUUUUCAAAUGACAAGCAUUGACUGACGGCAAGAGAAGCCCUUUACAUAAAUAGCUCUGAUAUUUGAACAAAGAUACUUUCUUACAAAUAUUAAUCCUCUCCUUCAUGAUUCUUAACUAAGGAAUUUUUACAGGAGUGUAAGUUUAAGGAUAUACACCGGUAAGUAUUUUUAUUCAGUCUUGGAGACAUUUAUGCAAGAACACCAUGUAAAGAUGACAGAAUGAAUGUAGAUUUGACUCGCAUUAAUCUUAACGGAAGGCUACAAAAAAAUCAGUCACCCAUUCCCUACAGCGUUGUAAUCUGAAACUCCUUAGUUUGAUUUAAUGCUUCUUUUAUCAUGUAGGUACGAAAUGUAUGGAGGUUAAGUGUAAACGAUCGCUGGCGUUUGUACCGACGUUGGCUAAAGGAUGUGAGCGAUGGUUACCGCCAAACUAUCUCGCUUUUCCAGGAACAAUUUGAAGAGGGUGCUAAACGACUAAAGGACAUAAAAAACAUGGAAGACUUUGAGAUACUCAAGAACGCUGACGUCGUUGGUAUGACUACCACGGGUAUGUUUGAUAAGUGCUUCUGGCAGGUUGAACUUGCACAAUGACGAGAGGAAGGGAGCGAAAAAAGGGGUCUAAGUAAAACAGUGGUACAGUUUCUCAGUCGUUAUCUCUGCCACUGUCGUUUUACAACAGUUGAAAUUGGAUUUUAGUGUAACCUAGCCAUGGCUUGAUAACCAGACCAUCGAUCGUACUGAUCAUCAGAGAUUCGUUUGAGGCCAUUUUAUAGUAAGCUGAGGACUUUUUAAAACCGUUUCAAGCGUUACUUUUUCAUAAUUUUCAUGUAGGUGCGGCAAAGUUCCGCAAGCUGCUGCAGAGACUGAAACCGCGAAUAACGAUUGUAGAGGAAGCCGCUGAGGUUCUCGAGUCGCACAUUGUUACUUCUCUGACUUCCGGAUGCCAGCACUUGAUUUUGAUUGGUGAUCACCAGCAACUCCGCCCCAAUCCCACUGUCUUUGAACUCGCCAAACACUACAAUUUGGACGUGUCCCUUUUUGAAAGAAUGGUAAAAAAUGGAAUGCCUUUUGAGCGGCUACGUCUACAGCACCGGAUGAGACCGGAAAUAUCCAAGAUGCUCGACCACAUUUAUUUCAACCCUAAGUUGGAGAAUCACAAAUCAGUGCUGAAUUUUGCAAACAUCAAGGGCGUGAAUCGUAACAUGUACUUUGUGGAUCAUGACGAGAGCGAGGUAGGUCUCACUUUCACGAAAUGCAAUACUCCCUUAAUGUGUCGCUGUCAAUAUUAACAGUAUAAUGCUAGCUUUGUGCAAAGGCGGAGUCUAGAGGACACAGAAAAUAACCACGAGGACAAUGGUGACAAGUUGGGUGGAAUUCUGUAAAACUCAAUUUUGUGAUUUAUCUCUACAAUUGUCCUACCCACCCAAAAUUGCGCUGUCAUAAACACAUGCAAUGCACAGCUGACUUACCGUAUUCAGGUGCAACAAGUAUUACAAUUGAUGGUAGGUAGUUAUAGUUGCCACUGUAUUUCUCAUUAGUAACCCAGAAAUCGCAUGUAACCUAGUUUCGAGAUUCAAAUUUCUCAUUUCUUACCGUAAUGCAGUUUCCUCCCACUAACCUCCACUAUUUUCAAGACAUUUUUGUUUCUGGAAUUUCAGGAAUAUCAGGAGGAGGGAAGAAGUAGGUCUAAUGAACACGAAGCAAAGUUUGUGGCUGCUCUUUGUCGCUACUUAAUCCUUCAAGGUUAUGAAAGGGAACAGAUUACAGUCUUAACAGCCUACACAGGACAAUUAAUCCAACUGAAGAAGGAGAUGCCUAAGGAUUUCUUCCGAGGGGUGCGAGUGUGUGCGGUGGACAAUUUCCAAGGAGAAGAAAACGACAUCAUCCUGCUGUCGCUUGUUCGAAGCAAUGAGGACGGAAAAAUCGGUUUUCUUCAGACUGAAAACCGGGUUUGUGUCGCACUGUCUCGGGCUAAGAAAGGUUUCUAUUGCAUUGGCAACAUCAGUCUUCUGAAAGAAAAGAGCCCACUGUGGAGAAAGAUAAUGGACGACAUGGAAGAGCGCGGUAAUGUCGGAAACGCUUUGACACUCUCGUGUCAAAACCACCCACGGAACGUGAUUCAGGCGUCAUGUGCAGAUGACUUCAAGAAAGCUCCCGAAGGGGGAUGUACAGUGCCUUGUGCUACCAGACUAGCGUGUGGUCACGUAUGUGAAAUGGUGUGUCAUCCAACAGACCCGGAACAUAAAGAGUACCAAUGUAAGAAACCAUGCGCUAAAAUCCUCUGCAGAAGAAAUCACAUGUGUUCCAGGAGGUGUUACCAAGAUUGUGGACCUUGUUCGGUGCUCGUGUUAAAAACCCUCCCAGGUUGUGGCCAUGUUCAGAAAGUCCCUUGCUACAAAGAUCCAUCUGAAGUGAAAUGCACGUCACCUUGUACUAAGUUUCUACCAAGAUGUGGGCAUCCUUGCCAAAACAUUUGCUCUGAGGCGUGUACAGUGGAGUGUACCGCCAUUACACUGAAAACCUGGCCUUGUGGGCACAAGAACAAGACAGCGUGUCACGUGAAUCCUAUGCAGACUCCUUGUAAGGCACCCUGUGGAGAGACGUUGAAGUGUGAACACCCUUGUGUUGGUAAGUCUGAAAGCAAGUUUUCAAAAUAGAUCGAUUAACUCAUCUGGCUAUUUCCUUCAACAAAAAGUAGGCAACGACCAAAGAAGAUACAACUAGCCUUGACAAUGAUCUCUCAUCUCUUGCUUAAGUUGGUAAAACGUUUGAUACCGAUGCUCAGAGAUCAUUUCAGCAAUGUUUAAUUUCUCAUGCUUUUUAAUUGUUUUUGUUUUUUUCACAUGUCAGGUAAUUGCAGUCUGUGUUUUCGCGGUCGAGUUCAUGUCCCUUGCAAGAAAAACUGCGGCCGUACCCUAUUCUGUGGUCAUUCCUGCUCUGAGCCUUGUACCAAAAACUGUCCCCCGUGCAAAGAACGCUGUGGCAACUCCUGUACGCACAGCAAGUGCAAGAAAAAAUGUGGCGAGCCUUGUGAGCCUUGCAACGAGAGAUGCAGUUGGCAAUGUGUGCAUCACCGAUGCACUAGAUUGUGUGGACAGCCAUGUAAUCGUCAGCGAUGUAACGAGCCGUGUAAAAAGCCUCUUCCUUGCAAGCAUCCCUGUAUUGGUCUUUGCGGGGAACGAUGUCCAAAGAAGUGCCGAGUGUGUCAUAAGGAUGAGGUCACCGAGAUUUUCUUCGGAACUGAAGACCACGAGGACGCAAGGUUUGUAGAACUGGCUGAUUGUGGUCAUGUGUUUGAAGUCGAGAUGAUGGACCAGUGGAUGGACCAGGCCGAGGCAGGGGAUGAUGGAAAGGAUGUUGAUGUCCAGCUCAAGCGCUGUCCCAAGUGCUCAACUCCCAUUCGUACCAGCUUGAGGUAUGGUAACAUUGUUAAGAAGAUUCUUGCUGACUUCGAGGAAAUAAAGCGAAAGAUUCUACUUGGAAAACAACAGCGUGAACAAGCCGUUAGUGGGCUAAGUUUGAAAGCACAGAAGAUCAAGUUGUUCCCAAAGGAACAGAAGAAACUUGAGGAGUCACUGCUUCUCAAGAAUCUUACAGAUGAACAAGUGAAUGUGUUUGAGAACCAGAUCAGCCUGUUGUCCUUCCUCCAGGAACUCAAGGUUAAGAUACACAAAGGCGCAAAAGCUGAGAGUGAGAGAGCGCAAGAAAGCUAUCACUCAUCAAGACUACUGCAGGAAAGGAAAGAAGAACUAGACAGUCUAGUGGAAAAACUCCGAUUCCGUGUCAUGGAGACUCGGGCGCGGUUCAGUGACCAAGAGUUAGAGGAACUGAAAGAGGAGAUGUACAGAACACAGCUUGCUGUUGACUUAAAGAUUCUGAAGAUGCAGCUUGACAUCCGAGGACAUAAGCUGAACGCCACUGAUUCCGUGAAAAUUGACCUCGUGCAAAGCGCCUUGGAUUCUGAGAAAGUGAUUGGUAAGUGGAUUGACAAUGAAGGACAGAGAUGAAAAACGCAAUGAUGAUAUAGAAGAAUAGCAACUAAACAGCAUCAUAGGUCUAAAGUUCUAACAAAAACGAAUCCCAGUGCUUGGGUAAUUCUUUAUUAUAGCUGUGUUACACCACGGGCUGAUGUUUUAGCGUAUAUAGGUAAAUACAAUCUACGAGCUCUGAGGGUUCAAACAAAAACACCAUCGUAUAUAUAACGAAUCGUUGUAAUUAAGUGUGAAGACAAGUGUUUAACACCGGGAUGGGGGUGAGGGGGAAGGGGCAUCCAAAGAAAGCGGAGAAGGGAAAUGUUGUAACUAACUUCAUUUGAAAGCAUUACGGAUAUACAUUUCGCAACUUCAAACAUGGUCAUGAAUUAUAAUACCAUUUGUCAUAUCAAAAUCCAAGCAAAAUUGUUAUGGUCAUAAAUCCCCAACCAUAUUGCGUACUCACUGUGUAGUUUCCAGCAUAACUUUGAAAAUUUCUAUUUCAAGCGUCUCUCCUAAAUCCCAGUAAAAGAAUCAUGAACGAAACACUUUUUCUGGGUUCAUUUUAGGAAAAGACGUCAGAGACCGUUAUACAACUCGCAUAAAGCGGAUCGGACGAUUGUGCGGACUUGAAGUGUUUUACCAGGAAGUCACCCGACAAGAAAAAGACCUGAUUGUGAAGGCCAUGGGUUUAACACAAGGACAUUGGUUCAAGUGUCCAAAGGGUGAGUAUAGCCUCUCAGUCUCCUAGACUAUUCAGAAAACACACAAUUUCCAGCUGUUAAUGCAUUGGAUAAGACGAGUCGACUCUUUUGAAUUACCAAUUUCCCGAUGAACUCUAUAACUCAAUGAGAGCAAGAGUGAUAGAUAAAAACAGUUGACGGCUUCCCUAGAAUAAGUAAACCCCGCCAACCAAUCGCCCCCUCAACCGGCGUCCGUUCUUUCUUUCGCCGAAAAUUUAAAUAACGGCGCAAGCUUCACCACCUUUAUAACAUCUCCCCUCCUUACUAAAUCCUAGGUUACCCCGCUGCCCAGUUUGAAUGAUCCGCGGGUGUAUUAUCACUCUUAUCUCAUUAUAGGACACAUUUACUGCAUCACAGAGUGUGGUGGGGCGAUGGAAGAGGGCCGCUGCCCGGAAUGUGGCUCAGCGAUUGGUGGUCAAAAUCAUCGUCUGAGAGAUGAUAAUCGGGUAGCAAGUGACAUGGAUGGAGCUCGUUUUGCUGCCUUUUCUGACAUGGCAAAUAUCCACAACUUCGACCCAAACGACUUGCGAUUUUGA